AUGGCUUUCAGGAGGCAAGUGAAAAACUUUGUGAAAAAUUACUCAGAUGCUGAAAUAAAAGUCAGAGAAGCAACUUCUAAUGACCCUUGGGGUCCUUCUAGUUCUCUGAUGUUAGAUAUCAGUGACCUGACUUUCAACACAAUUUCUCUCUCAGAGAUUAUGAAUAUGCUCUGGCAGAGACUCAGCGACCAUGGGAAGAACUGGCGACAUGUGUAUAAGUCCCUCACCCUCAUGGAUUAUCUCAUCAAGAAUGGAUCAAAGAAAGUCAUUCAGCAUUGCAGAGAGGGGUUCUGUAACCUUCAAACGCUAAAAGAUUUUCAACACAUAGAUGAAGCUGGAAAAGAUCAAGGUUAUUAUAUCCGGGAAAAGUCUAAGCAAGUCAUAACAUUGCUGAUGGAUGAACAGUUGCUGCAUAGAGAGAGGGAAGUAGCAUGUCGGACUAGAUGGCGUACCUCCUACUCUGUGACCUUUCCUAAAGGAUUACCUGGUGCGGGUAACUCACCAACAGCAUGUGCUUCUGCCCCCACAUCAGAAAUUCCUGCUUCAGAGAAGAAGUGUAAGCUUCUUAAGGUUGCAAGGCUACAUAAUAAAAAAAACACUUCCAAGUCAGGACUGAAACGAGAGCAGCGUCAAGACAUUCAGCUGUCUGGUGGAACCGUGUUGUCACAGGAGAUGCUGCCACUCAAGAUUAGUGCUUGGAAGUCGACAGAAGACCUGAUGUUAUUUUAUGAGGAUAAUCCAAAGCCAGUUUUGCCAGCAGUUCGUACUUCCAUUAUCUCUUCAACUAUGUGGUUGUCAGAAGGGCCAACAGACUGUAACCUCUCGGAUGCAGAUACUGUGCCUGUUUCCUCAGAAAAAAGCCCAUCUCUGCAGACAAAUGUGAGUUUGGACAAGAAAUCAGACAAUACUAUUACAAAUACUGUAAUAGAAAACCCUUUGCAAAUGUCUCUAGAAAAGCAGCCAGCCACAAAAAGUUUUGAAACCCUGACAGCUUUACCAGCAUUUUGGUCAUCAAGUAAAGAAGAGUUGAUCAACCCUAAUUUAAGGAUCUCAAAGUCAGAUUCUACCUUCUAUAAUCAGGCCUCUGUAGAGACACUCUAUGUCUCUCCCUCAUUCAAAACAUUUGACCCAGUGAAGGAGACGUUAAUCAGUAAGGACCGUCUGAAAGCAACACAGUCCAGCUUCGUGCAGAUGGAUGCUGGAAACCUAAAGACCUUAACCACAUGGGUUUCAACUGCCUCUGAGGGAACAUCUUCCUUUUCUACUUUAUCCAUGUCAUCUCCUAAUUUAGCCUCUCCAGAGAAUUCUGUUCAUCUGUUACCCCCAGUUGUGGCUGGACCUUCUAUCUGGACUUUGUCCCACCAACAGUCUUCUGCGUCCAUUAAAGAGAAAGCUAAGACAGCCAGGGUUCAUCGCCCUUUUGCUUCUAGGGGCCCGCUGUUCUCUGAUGAAGAAGAAAGUGACCACUUCAACCUACUGGAAGUUCUUCCAGACAACUCUGAUUCUGCCAAAAAGAAGACAAGUCCUAUUUCUAGCAGUAAUUGGGUAGAGUUUUCCACCCAAAAUGUAGACCAUUUUACCUCUAUAUCCUGUUCUAGUUUUCAGGCAACCAAAGACCUGCCUAGGGAGCCUGAAGCAAACAAUUCCACUAACGUUCUUCUCGGGGAGGUAAAAAAUGCUAUAGUCAGAUUACAUGAAGAUCUGAGCAUGGUAAUACAAGAACUUAACGUCAUCAGUAGCCAUCUGGUAAGUUUGAGUGGGAGUAGUCCACAAAUAGGCGAGUCUUCGCAGUUUCCCAAGGAGAGCUCGGAUCGAGUCUAACAGUCUUAAUAGCCGUUUUUAUAGAACUCAUUUCCCAAAGACUAAGACGUUAACCUUCUAUAGAUUCUCAUUAUUAUGGCAAAAUAGGGUGAUGGUUUGAUUUUUCCUUGUCAGGUUUAUUGAACAAGUGUAUCUCAAACCAACAAAUUCAUUUGGGUAGUUUAUUUUUUAAAGAGAAAUGGAAUCGCCUUUGAUAAUAUCUUCAGAUUUAGAUAUUAGUUCAUUUGAAACUGAAGAAAGUUUCAUUCUUCCAUGCUCUGUACUUUACCUCAAAAUAUUUUAAGCAUUAGUGAAAGUUACAGUAAGACUUCAAACUGCAAAUGACUAUUCUAGAGCUUUUGGAUAAGUUGGCAGUAAAAAGCCCUUCGUUUUCCAUCUGUGUGGAGUUUCAUUGUUAACAAGCGUUUGCCUUGACUUAGGAGAACCGAGUCUGGGGUAUAUGUUUCACAUGUUCUCAUGUCAAGUUUCAGGUUCUGCAAACCAAGGGCCAGAAAUCUUUUCCCUUCUUGUGGAUCCAUAGUUGGUUGGGAGUUAAGUUGAGACAAGUAGGACAUGGAACAGGUGUUUUAUUUUGUUAAUGUAUAAUGCAAAGUGAAU